AAACCCUCAGAGUGGUAUGUUGUUGAGUUUGUGUGUGUGAGAGAGUCUCUGUCGCUCGCUGUGCCUCCAAACUCCAAACCCGCUUUUCUUUGAGUUUCCGACUGCGAACAAGACAAACAAACAAACACCCACCGGAACCCUACCCUCUCCCAUCUUCUCCUCUUUCUUCUCUCUCUCUCCUCGUGAUUUCUUAUUCGCUUUCGCAUUCGCGUCUUUGAACUCGAAACCCCAUUCUUCUUCUUCGUUUUUCUUUUCCCUCUUCCUUUCGUGUUUCCUGGGGCUGUGAAGAGAGAAUGGUAGCUGGUAGUGGGAGUGGUUCUCCGAGGGCUGAGGGUGGAAACGGUAAUAACACACAGAUACUGUCGGCGAGAGUGCGAAGAACCAUUCAAUCCAUCAAAGAAAUCGUUGGGAACCAUUCUGAUGCUGAUAUCUAUGUCGCUCUCAAGGAAACAAACAUGGAUCCUAACGAUGCUGCUCAGAAAUUGCUCAACCAAGAUCCAUUCCAUGAGGUGAAGAGAAGGAGAGACCGAAAGAAGGAGCCUCAAAAUGUUGGGAACCCAGUCCCUGUCAACCCACGAAGGAAUUCUGAGAAUGUUGGUCAAGGAAAGAAAUAUAAUACCCCUUCUGAACAUAAUAAUGUUCGAAGAACAAACUAUUCUCGGAAUACCUUACCUGGCAUCAGCAGAGAGUUUCGAGUUGUCAGAGACAAUAGAGUAAAUCACAUAUAUAAAGAAGUAAAGCCUCCUUCAGUGCAAUGCACAACAUCUACCAAUGAGCAGUCAAUUGUGAACACUUCUGAAAAAGGAUCAUCAACUGCUUAUAGUAAUCAAAGGUCAUUUGGUGCAAGAAAUAUAUCGCAGGCUCUAAAUGGUCCUCCUAAUUCACAUGGAAGAUACUCAAAAGAUGCUAUUCCAAAUGCCAGUGACAGAAAAUUUACACCUGCUAAGGAAGGUGCAACAUCAAAUAUAGCAUCACAAGAGCAACCAACAAAGCCCAAUAACAACCAGAAUUCUACAACUGUGACAUCAACCAGUUCUGCUAUUGGGGUUUAUUCCUCUUCAACAGAUCCAGUUCAUGUCCCCUCCCCUGAUUCCAGAUCAUCAGGUGUUGUAGGGGCGAUUAGGCGUGAAGUGGGGGUUGUUGGUGGACGUAGACAGGCUUCAGACAACUCGGUCAAACAAUCAUCCGUUCCUAGUUCUUUUGCUAAUACUCUUACUGGAAAAGAUGUUAGCAGGCCAUCCAUGAGCAAUCAAUAUAACGGUCGACCACAUCAACAACUUGUGGGACAUCAGAGAGUUACUCAGCAUAAUAAAGAGUGGAAACCUAAAUCAAGCCAGAAGUUGAGUAAUAAUGGUCCCGGGGUGAUUGGAACACCUAAAAAGCUUGCGUCAACUCCAGUGGAAAACUCUAAGGAUACGGAAUCAGAUACUACAAAGCUGCAAGAUAAACUUUCCCAAGUAAAUAUCAGUGAGAACCAGAAUGUGAUUAUUGCACAGCAUAUUCGAGUUAGAGACACUGAUCGUGCUCUGCUGACUUUUGGUAGCAUUGGGACAGAAUUUAAUUCCUCAAGACAUCAACCUAACAAUAUAGGAGUUGCUGAGAAAUCAAAUGAGGAAUCUACUGCCAGCUUGACAGUGCCUGCUUCAGAGUUGUCCGCUGAUGAUGUUCCUGGGAGCAAGCAGGUAGACUUGCAGGAAGACCACAUCAGAAAUCCUGUAUCUGACUCUCCAGCAUCUGGUGCUACUGAGCUGCAAUUGCAUGAUAACAGAGGAUCCUCAAGUCCUCAGAAUCAGGGUCCUUAUGGCAGUAUUAGGUUGGUUCGUGAAAGUAGUCCUUCUUAUGUGCCUGCUGAGUCACAGCAUCAGCAAGAUUCUCAUGAUAUGCCUGGAUUUGCGGCCUAUGAUCCUCCAACUGGUUACGACAUGCCUUAUUUCAGACCCACAAUAGAUGAUACUCUCCGAGGGCAGGGUCUACCAUCACCUCAAGAGGGUGUGCAGGGCUUAAGUUCCCACGUGGCCAAUAGUGUUCCCGCUUCCACAGUUUCCAUGGUGCAACCUCCUGUGGCACAGAUGUAUCCACAAGUACAUGUUUCACAUUUUGCUAAUCUUAUGCCGUAUCGUCAGUUCUUGUCACCAGUCUAUGUUCCACCAAUGGCUAUGCCUGGAUAUUCAAGUAAUCCUCCCUAUCCUCAUCCAACAAAUGGCAGCAGUUACUUGUUGAUGCCUGGAGGUAAUUCCCAUCUUAAUGCGAAUAGCCUUAAAUACGGAGUUCAGCAGUUCAAGCCUGUUCCUGCUGGAAGUCCUAAUGGGUUUGGGAAUUUUGCUAAUCCAACCGGGUAUGCCAUGAUGCCUCCUGGUGUGGUUGGGGGUGCAACAGCUUUAGAAGAUUCUUCUCGUGUCAAGUACAAAGAUAAUCUUUAUGUUCCAAAUCCUCAGGCCGAGACAUCAGAAAUCUGGAUACAGAAUCCAAGGGAGCUUCCUGGCAUGCAAUCGGCUCCAUACUAUAACUUGCCAGCGCAAACACCUCAUGGUGCCUAUAUGCCAUCGCACACCGGCCAUGCCUCGUUCAAUGCAGCAGCAGCUCAAUCUUCACACAUGCAGUUUCCUGGCAUGUAUCACACUCCGCCACAGCCAACUCCAAUGGCUAACCCUCAUCAUUUAGGACCAGCGAUGGGAAACAAUGUUGGAGUUGGAGUGGCUCCAGCUGCACCUGGACCACAGGUUGGUGCAUAUCAGCAGCCCCAGUUAGGUCACCUCAAUUGGACUACAAAUUUCUGAAGGGGAAAACAAGAAACCAUGAAAUCUAACCCUGUGUGUACAAGGGACUGAAGCAGAUAUAGGAAAAAAAAUGGUAGUUUUUUAUUUGUGAAAUGAAUAACAUUUUUUUUUUUCUCUCCAAUAUGCAUUGAGGCAUUUAAGUUUUC